AUACCUGAAGAAGUAGCCAUGGCAACCUUUAGCUGCUCCUCAACACUUCUGCUUUUUCCGACUUUCCUUCUUCUCAUUCUCCUCUGCUUUUCUCCCACAAACCAGAUCAAAAAUCUCUCCAUCCCUUUCCCUUCAUUUUUCACAACAUUCACCAAUGAAAAUUCCAACCCCUCACCUUCCCCUUCUAUACCAAGUCACAACGUUGUUAGCAAAAAGAAGAGUAGUUCGGAGAGGGUUGAAGCAGACUUAGCCAGCGCACGAGCGGCAAUCCAGAAAGCGAUCCGAACAAGGAAUUAUACAUCAGACAAGGAGGAAACUUUCAUCCCCAGAGGCUGCAUGUACAGAAAUGCAUACGCUUUUCAUCAGAGUCACAUAGAAAUGGUGAAGAGAUUCAAGAUAUGGGCCUACAAGGAAGGAGAAAGACCCUUACUCCAUAAUGGGCCCAUGAAAGACAUCUAUGCCAUCGAGGGCCAGUUUAUCGACGAAAUAGAUAAUGGUAAAAGCCCAUUCAUGGCCCAGCAUCCUAAUGAGGCCCAUGUAUUCUUCCUUCCGGUUAGCGUAGGACACAUUGUUCACUACAUCUACUUGCCUAUCACCACUUAUGAUCGUGAGCGUUUGGUGAGGAUCUUCACUGAUUCCAUCAAAGUUGUAGCCAACAAGUACCCAUAUUGGAAUAGAACCAGAGGUGCUGAUCAUUUUAUGCUCUCUUGCCAUGAUUGGGCACCAGAAGUCUCUAUGCGGGACCCUGUACUGUACAAGAAUUUGAUAAGGGUGCUAUGCAAUGCAAACAGCUCUGAAGGAUUUAAUCCCCAAAGAGAUGUUACAUUGCCAGAACUCAACUUACCUCCAAGAGGGCUCAGCCAACGGAAGUUCAGCCAAGCACCUGAUAAGCGAACCAUCCUUGCCUUCUUUGCUGGUGGUGCCCAUGGAAACAUUCGUAAAAUCUUGCUCCAGCAUUGGAAAGGCAAAGAUGAUGAAGUUCAAGUCCAUGAGUACCUUCCUAAAGGCCAAGAUUACAAUAAAUUAAUGGGACGGAGCAAGUUUUGCUUGUGCCCAAGUGGGUUUGAAGUGGCUAGUCCUAGAUUGGUUGAGUCAUUUUAUGCUGGGUGUGUUCCUGUGAUAAUUUCUGAUAACUAUGUACUACCAUUCAGUGAUGUUCUUGACUGGAGCAAAUUCUCAAUGCAGAUUCCGGUGGAGAAGAUACCGGAAAUUAAGACGAUCCUGCAAAGUAUUCCGGAAAAUGAAUAUCUGGAAAUGCGGAAGAGGGUGUUGAAAUUGAGAAGGCAUUUUCAACUUAACAGACCAGCUAAGCCUUUUGAUAUCCUUCAUAUGGUGCUUCAUUCAAUAUGGCUUAGAAGGCUUAACCUUAGACUAGAGGAUUGAUGUCAGCCUCUGUACAUAUCUACUACUUUUUCAGUCUUUAUGUGCUCCGAGAUGUUGUGUUAAAUGGCAUUAUAAGUGUAGGAUGAGGAUCCAAUACGUUAAUAAAUUACAAUUCCAAAUCAAAGAUAUAAAUAGUAGAAUUCAAUGAUCACCUUUUAUU